AUGGAUGUGCAAAUGCCAUUGAAAGCCUGCUGGAAGUAUUAUCAGAAACUAUGGGAUAAUCAGACGUUUGUGAUCGGAUCCGAAGACGACGAAGAGGCCUUUCUUUACGGCCUAGAGCGAUUCCCGCGGCUUCGAAUAGUAACCGUGACGCCUGCGGCUCACGGCUGGCUAUUUGCUCCGUUGUACGAAACACCUAUGAUCCGGGUAUUUCCAUACGGAUUCAACUAUCCGAUUCCGCGAGGAUGGCACUGUGAUCCCGAUGAUAGUCAGGUUGUCGAGCCGUUACCGUGGUCAGAGGCAACCGAGGACUAUAAGGAGCUAUGGAGAGGAGCUCGAAUUGUUCUUCGCCUUUUAUCUCAGGCUGAGAAGCAUAAUGUUUCCGAGUUAAGCUUCGACUCUAAGCAGCUCUUCACCGGAUUAAACUUUUCGAUUCUCGACCGGUCGUGUGAGGAAUACAAUCAAUUUACGGCUAUCAUGAAACGCCCAGGCUUUCGGCGUCUUCAUCUAUCUUUACUUACUGGUAGUAGUGGUUACUGGACAGGAUUACAAAGCGGAUUAUUCAAUGAAGCUAUAAGCCUGGCUAAGGAAUUGACCCAUAUUCAUCUACCAACUACAUUUGAUAAUGGAUCUGGUUCUUUAAUAAGGGAUCUCCCUAUCCCUCUGAAGGAGGUUCUGCCUAGUAAGGAGUGGCCGAAUCUGUCUCACUUGACAUUCUCCCGUUUCAGUGUUGAUACGUCGGAGUUGUUGGACAUACUCAAAUUAGCACCAUCCUCAUUACAACCUCUGGACUUGAAAUGUAUCGAGUUCCCCUUUGAUGAAAUGCGUUGGACUGGUCUACUAGAGAGGAUGCGAGAGGAACUGGACUGGGCCAAGAGAGACCAAUCACUGAAACCGACCGUCACAACAGCGAUGGAAGGCCAUCGUAGAUGGCCGAGGAGGUUCAUCGAGCUUUCAGACGAGGUGGCAAGCUUUCUCUAUGGCUGUGGAGAAAAUCCCCUGAAUGGAGCAGAUACACGCAGCCCGAAAGAAGGAUACUGGACGAAUCUCGACCUUUUUGAGGCGGAGUACACUCGGCCCAACGUCAAUUUCCAAUAUCUUAAGAAACUAGGAAUCAUUUGUUAG